UUCUCGAUAUUCAGCCAAUUGCCAGUAGAAAUUCAGCUACAUAUAGUCGCCAUGUGCUCCGUUAGCACCCUCUUCCAACUUAUGCACACCUCUUCAAAACUUCGAAGAGAAGCUUCAAAGCUCUUCUGGGGACAAAAGGCCACCUAUUUCCUCAUUGAAGCUGAGUGGCUUAUUGACAAAGCCUACCCAGGCCAGUCGUUCUGGGACAUGGCUUUUCUCGCAAACGUGCAAAACGUUGAAGUGGAGUACCAGCCAGUUAUUAGCAAGAAGAUAUGUAUCCAUGAGCAUGGGACGCUUGUCCUUCGACAUGAUCUUAUUAAUACCUUCUGGGAUGCUCUAAAGCAUUGGUGUCCUAAUCUGCAAAAGGUUAUUCUAAACCAGAGCAAAGGAAGUUAUAGCCUGGAAGACGAUAACGAACCAUUUCCGCGAGCGCUACAAUGUUUACUUCAAGCAUGUCCUCCGAGCAUCAAGUGUUCUCUUCUCUAUCUCGAGCAGAAGCCCCAAUCUGCGACUGGAAUCCUGCAGUGGCGUACUGAUCCCUGGCAAAGAUGCUUAUUCCAGUACACAGAUGAUAGGGGAUGGUUGAAGACAGAGCCACAACGUAUGCGGAGGACAAUCCUCGUGCCACCUAAGCAGUUUAAAGGGCCAGUUGGGCAUUAUAUGGGACUCCGGUAUCAGGCUCAUAAGAAAAUUCCCCUACAAAGGCUUGGCCUGUGGCCGCUUACAGUAGAAGCGCUCGACUGCUACCAUUUUGAUGGGGUACGUGAUAAGCCCUUCUCCUGCCCACUCUCUGGUUGUACUGCCUAUUUCAGCCAGGGUGGAGAAUGGUCAGUACAUGCUGUAGAGGUACAUUACCGCGAGCAGAAAAAACUACUAGAGGUUUUGCCUAGCAAUCGUAUAGGGGCUGAGCUAAGAGAACGUAGCCAGGCGUUAGAUAGGAAAACAAAACAAAUCCAAGAGGAGUUUACGAUGAUAAGAGAGGCAUGGGUUGCAGGCGAUGAAACAGCUCAGGAAGAAAUAUGGCAAUUAUGGAUGGAGCAAUUGCAUCACGAUGCCGCGUGGGAGGCUCAAGAGACUGGAAUGAAGAGCACGCUCUGG